GUGGCCGCAGGUUCAGUAUGAAUGUACUUCUUAAUAUUUGCACAGCUGUUUAUUAAGACAAAUUUGUUAAUGACCUUUGAACUCUAACUGUGGGCUUUUAAACUCUUACAUUCAAACCAACUGUGAAAAUUUUUUAGAUUUCUUUUAGAUUCCUGCUUAAAGUUUGAUUAACACAUCAUAUCUUUAACUGGAGCUCACAGGAGAUCAUCCUAAACUGGUUACCAGUGUGUUUUUAUUUGUAAAGCACUAGUCAACUGAUGUUUAUUACUACUUAAUUAAGACAUGAAUGAUUGUGAACAUGUUUGGGUUUUACUGCAUACAUUUUUGAUAUGAAUAGGGAAAAAUUAUUUUAUAAUAAUACAGAAAUGAAAGUUUGUAAGUUUAAGAGAGACAUUGACGUAAGCUGAUCUUGAACAUUGCCUCUGGCAUUAUAGUUAUGUGAAAGGUUAUGGAAUGAUAUGUCUGUGUUUAGUAAUGGAAAGAUAUUCUUUGCAUUUCAAAAAUGUCAUGUUUUAUUUGUUUAAUGAUAACAGCUGGUAAAGCUUGUUUAAUUCAUCUCUUGUAUUAGACACUUUUCACACUCACUUAUAUAAGUUUUCUAACAACAAGCCCAUUUACUCAGUAGUCUUCAAAAAAUUUGAGAAUUAUACUUUUUACCAUUCAUAGAAACUAUAUUGGCUAAUGGAGAUGGCCGCCAAGAUGGCCGCCACAGAUGAUACAGCAGCACGGCAUGUUAUCAAACAAAGGAUUAAACCUGAGAUUUACACCACUAUUGAUGGCAAAACUAUAGUGGAAGAUGAACUGUUAAGCUUCCUUUUUGUCAAACUGAAGACUGUGCCUCAGGAUGAUAUUAUCUUGAUGGCUGUAAAUCACUUUGGAUCUGAGUGGAUUGAAAACUCCAAGAAGGUCUUGUUUGAACUGUGUCCUGGCACGGGGCAGCGUUGUGUAGCUCACAAAGGGCAACUAAAAGAUGUCAACAAUGUUAAAAGUUGUCUAAAACUACUAAAUGAGGUUGGUGAGAAUGUUCCUCGCUUUGUUUCAUAUAACUUGGAUGAUUUACCAUCAGUGACUUUUAAUAGCCUUGAUGUCUCUUGCCUGGUUAGUAAGAUUGAUUGCUUAAGUGUGGAGUUGGCCUCCAUGAAGAAUGCUGUGAGUAAGCAGUCGACUGAAUGUGAGUAUCUUCGUGGAAUUACUACAAACAUUAACCAACGACUGAGUGUGAUUGAACAACCCAUUGCAAGCAGGGGAAAUACAGCCACAACUAUGGUCAAUGAAGAGGUCCAGCUCCAAGGACUAAGUCACAGGGAGCCUGUAUCCAGAUCUUUGGCGUUGCCUGUCACUGAGGAGUUCGUUGGCGAGGGAAUUGAGGUGGCGAUGUCCCCUGCAUGGAGCCGUGUACUUAAGCAUGGCAAGCGCAAGCAACGCUCUGGAAAACAAUUUACUGCUGCAGUACAGAACAAGAACAAUAAUCCUCCCAGAGAGAAGAAGACCUAUGGAAUAGUUGGAACUGGUGCAGUGGGGAACAUACAUGCAGUGACAACUAAGCUGUGUUUUGAGAUGGAGUUGAAUGUUCGAGAUGAACUGGUGAAGGAGUUUCUGGAGUGCUCAUCCAGAGGAGAUCUGGAGAAGAUUUCUUCAAUGAUGUCUCACUCCAGUGAUCUGAUAGAUGAGAGAGGAGAGACGGGCUGGACCGCUUUAAUGCUGGCGGCUCGACACGGACACUACGAGCUGACUAAACUCUUACUGUCCAAAGGGUGUGACACAACUGCAACAAACAGAUCGGGUCAGACCGCCCGAGAUGUGGCUCUGUUUUGGGGUCACAGACACAUCGCCCGUUUGUUGGCCGGCGGCCGGGACGGUGUCGUUCAUCACGUUCUGCCCGAGAGGGAGACGGAUGAGGCAGAUCUUUAUUUUAACAGAGAGUUUCUCAACAGAAUGAGCGAGAAGCGGACAGAUUCAGAGUGGCUCGCUGCCAAGCGAUCUUCUCCUCACACCGUUUUCAUCCUCUUUUAUAAUCUGAAUCCUCUGGUCUCACCCCGAGCCGAUGCCAACGAGGGUGAGCCUGAUGUGAAACUGUGCAAACUCAAAGUGACGUCUGUGGAGGAGUUGUUAAAACAGAGUAAUACUGUGCUUAUUUUCUUGGGAACUGAGAAACAGGAGAGACGCCUGGAGACGGAUGGAGACGGACUGAUCGCCUGGUUUGCUCUCAACACUGAAGACGAUCCUUCAAAACUCCUAAAAGCAAAACAUCCAAACAGUUUCUUUCUUAAGGGCCCGAUGCCUGGUCUCCUGAUGCUGAGUGACAACGAUGCGGGUGUCAUCGCUCAAGCGCGGUCCGUCCUCGCGUGGCACAGCAGAUACGGGUUCUGUCCGACAUGUGGAAGCGACACUCGAGUAGAGGAGGGAGGUUACAAGAGGACCUGUUUGAGAGCAGGCUGUAAAAGUCUCCAGGGCAUCCACAACACCUGCUAUCCCAGAGUUGAUCCUGUCGUGAUCAUGUUAGUGAUCCACCCUGACGGGAAUCAAUGCCUGCUGGGACGCAAGAAGAGUUUUCCUUCUGGAAUGUUCUCGUGUCUCGCUGGCUUUAUAGAAGCAGGAGAGUCGGUGGAAUCUGCUGUGAGGAGAGAAGUUCAGGAAGAGAGCGGCGUUCUCGUGGGCCAGGUUCAGUAUCAGACGUGUCAGGCGUGGCCGAUGCCGUCCUGUCUGAUGAUUGGCUGCCACUGCGUUGCUCUGACAACAGACAUCACAGUUGAUAAAAAUGAAAUCGAAGAGGCUCGCUGGUUCACGCGGCAGCAGGUUAUCAAUGCACUGGUGAAAGACAAACAUGCCGUCUUCAACAUCCCACCCAAACAAGCAGUCGCUCACUAUCUGAUCAAACACUGGAUAGGCUUUAACUCAAAUCUCUGAUCUCUCUUUAUAUAAUGAUGAUUUUAC